AUGGACAAACCUCAACAUUUUGCUGUCGCACUCUACUGGCCAGUGAAAUUCAGAAGGCAAGCAAGCAAACGAAUAAGCUUAAAUCUUGUGUAUAUUACAAAAGCUGCCUUCAUUUCUACAAUUUCUCCAUUGAGUUGUUUCACAUUUGCUAAACGAGACGUCAUGGUGACGCAUUACUUUGAGAACUUGAGCGCUUAUCAAAGCGAUUUCUGUAUACGACUUCUUUCAUUACUCCAUUCAAGUCAAGUCAUUAUGAUAAGUCAAGUCGUGAUAAUAAGUCAAGUCACUAGAUUGCAAGUCCUUAAAAAAACUGAAAAACAAAAAAAUUGA